GUGAAGGUGAUCCGGCUGGACGACGGGCGAAGGUUACUGAAAGCGAUACAACGCAGGUCUCGCUUCAAUCCCCACCAGAGAUCCCCGUUCGCAUCGCAACUGCACCGUUACUAGCAACCAACCGUUGUCUCGCAUAUCUUUACUCGCUGCAUACUCAAUCACAACUAUGGACCGCUUGACACGUCUUUUCGGUGGGGGCGCUCAGGCCCAGCAACCAGGAGUGGACACGCCAACUGUAGACACGGCCGAGAUGGUUCAUAUAUCGUCUCUAGCGCUUUUGAAAAUGUUGAAGCAUGGACGGGCGGGAGUUCCCAUGGAAGUCAUGGGUCUUAUGCUGGGAGAAUUUGUUGACGACUACACAGUGCGAGUCAUCGACGUGUUUGCUAUGCCGCAAAGUGGAACUGGUGUUUCCGUCGAGGCCGUGGACCCUGUGUUCCAAACGAAGAUGGUGGAUAUGUUGAAGCAAACUGGAAGACCAGAGAUGGUUGUCGGAUGGUAUCACUCCCACCCUGGGUUUGGAUGUUGGCUUUCAAGUGUCGAUAUCAACACACAACAGUCAUUCGAAGCGCUCAACCAACGUGCCGUAGCCGUAGUCGUCGACCCCAUCCAAUCCGUGAAAGGAAAGGUCGUCAUCGACGCCUUCCGCUCCAUCAACCCUCAAUCCGCCAUGCUCGGCCAAGAACCCCGCCAAACGACAUCCAACAUUGGACACCUGAACAAACCUAGCAUCCAAGCUCUUAUUCACGGCUUGAACCGCCACUAUUACUCGAUUGCCAUAAAUUACAGGAAGAACGAGCUUGAGCAGCAGAUGCUGAUGAACUUGCACAAGAAGACUUGGACCAAUGGGUUGUUGUUGACUGAUUUUGAUACACAUGCGAAGAACAAUGAGGAGGCUGUUAAGACUAUGCUCCAGCUCUCCGACGCGUACAACAAGUCUGUCCAGGAAGAGUCGACGAUGACAGCAAGCCAGCUCAAGACACGGCACGUCGGGAAACAAGACCCAAAGAGGCACUUGGAAGACAACGUCGAGCGGGCCAUGACUGCAAACAUCGUUCAGUGUUUGGCAACCAUGUUGGAUGCCGUUUCCUUUUAGACGUGUAUCUUUUGCGGGGUGGAAUAGAUCGCGUAGCAGAUGUGAAGAUGUUGUGUGUACCAUUGCAGUUUGGCGUCGUUGUGUCUCGGGAGUCAACUUUAGAGUGGUACUGUACAGUAUGUAUGUGUGGUCGUUGUUGGCGCGUGCGUAGGGAAGGCGCAGGGGAAGGCGCGUCAGACCUGAAUUUGGGAC